ACUGAACGAAACUCUCCGAAACGCUGUGAACUGCAGAGGCGUUAGCUAGCGUUUCGUGGUAGGGACGGCGGAGGCGUCACACGUUGGCGGUGGUUGGUGCUGCUGGCUGUGGGUUGCAUGAGACCGACUGACUCAGAUACCCAAGCAACAAGUGUGCGGGCGGGUGGACAGCGCUGAGCUCUCUCUCUCUCUCCUCUCUUGCUCCCUGACGUGAAGGGGAGGGGGGAAAAACCCGUGUCUUGUAGAAUUCUACACGUGUCGUAACUGUGUCAUCGCUAUGGUUAUCCUUCGAAGCCAAGGCAGUAGAUCGAGCAUGGCCAUCGACGCCAGCGGUGUGUGGCCCGCCCCCAGCUGCCGACGCGGUGCUGUGACCGCUUACAAGUUCCGUGUGCGAGAGGAACGGAAGCGAGUGAUCCGCCUCUCCAACGAGAAGUACCGCACCAUUGAUGACCACGAGAGCGGCUUGCGACGAUUCGUCCUCAUCAAGAAUACCUUGAGGCGCCUGCAGAGGGAGGCACGCGAGGAGAAGCUGGCCCGUCACCGCGCUGGCAGCAACAACGUCUCCCCCUCUUACCUGUCCGCCUCUCGCCCCCGUGCCUCGUCCCCGCCCUGCGACAUGCAGGUGUCUGACGUGUUAAGCGAGUACGGCCAGCCCACCCCCGCCCCUCUCACGUCCUUGGAAGAGGACGACCCUCUGUCAUCCCCGGCCAAGAAACUUAAGCUCUUUCAUGACGACGACAAGGAAAACUCCCGGGACUCGUGCGAGACGAGGCUGCAGUGCGAGAUGGACCAGAAGGAAGACAGUCGGGGAGUCAUCGAUGACACGAUCCUAAGGGACUUGUACGAGACGUUAUCUCCCGACCCCCUGUCGUCGCCCCGCCCCGGUACCCCAACGCCGCCCCGCCCAGACACGCCUUACUCCACCUCACCGUACUCCUGCAACCUGCCGACUACCACCACCUCCUCGCUGGCCUGCUCUCCUGGCACCAACACCACGUGCAGCGCUGCCCCCGCCGCCUCCACCACCACCACCUUCAGUAGUGGCGCGGGAUCAGGCAGCUUCUACGAGUGGUCAAGGCCGCAGCAGCAGCAGCAGUACGCCUGCGGGCACGCCUCGCUCCUAGGCAACGAUCUACAGUCAGUCGUUUUCCACAGUCUAAUUGCCUCCCUGGAGUCCUAACGCGCGUACAAUGCUGUUGGCGAACUCCAGCAGCAAGAGCGGUGACUCGCGAGGACUGCAGUGCCAUGCCAAAGAGGUGCAAUCACUCUGGUGGGCCGCCCCCGGACCGUGUGUGAUUCAUCAAGUGUUAUCAGCUGUGAUCUUAACGUUAUUUCGCGGAGCCCUGACUCGUGCAGUGCCUCAGAGACGUGUGUAGCGGGCGGGGCGUCCAGAUCUCGACCCGCCCAGUGCAGGUGGCGGCCUCGAGGGGCGCCGGACACAGAGUCUAGUGCUAGUAUCAGAGAGACAGGGUGAGCCGUGGACUUUGUAAAGUAAGACUCAUGCACUCAUAAUUCAGACACACGCAUUCAUUACUAUCAUUCAUCCUCGCCAAAUUCUCUACACACAUUGCCACAUUUUCUUGGUCCCUGCAGUGUUUAUUUGUCGCUUUAGGGAGUGAAGCCGUACAGGCAGUGCCCUAAGAGGCCUCUUCCGUCCCUGCCAGCCCCCGGGACAGGCAAGGGAGGAAGCGGUCUCCUGCCCCGGCCCAGGAGGCGUGGGUGCGGACGCCUUGGCCUCCACCUGACGUUCGUGACUCACCUCAUGAUGUCAGCGGAGCGUCGUGGGUUCCCCUCACUCAACUUCCGGCUCCAGAACACUUCCUCGGGUUCCCUUCAGCCUGGCCUCGGCGCCGCUCUCAACUCGCAGGCAUUUUGUUAUCUAGUCCUUGUUUGUCCAAAGUUCUUGUUUAUGUUGGUGGUGGCGGGUUUCUGUUGACUGUUUGUAUGCGUAUGAGUGCGCGUACAUGAGGGAGAGAGGGAGAGAGAGAGAGAGAGAGAGAGAGAGUGUGUGUGUGUGUGUGUGUGGGUGUGUGUGGGUGUGUGUGUGUGUGUGAGAGUGAGUGAGUGAGUGAGUGAGUGAGAAAAUGUGCCUGUGUUCCUCUUGACAGUCCAAUCCUUACAUGCAUGUGGGUUUUGUGAGUAGCCUGGACAAGGUCAACAAGCAGCCGCCGCCAAAGGUCGUCUUGUGUCCCUGUCCCUCGCAUCGCCCCUCCCCACACACAACACAGAAACACCUCAGAGGGCGAGGUCCCAGCACCUUCCCGUGCCAUCAGAUCAUCGCAUAAAUUAGACUUAGUUUUUACAAUUUUGUAUAUUGUACAAAUGUAUAUGAUGAAAACAUUUGGUUAUGAUUAAGAGGUAUUUGUAUUUAGUUUGUAUCAUAGUGAAGCUGUGAAGUUACAUCAUGUCAAUACCAAGAUGUCGCUUGUAUAAAUAUUUUUGUUCCAGGUUGAAUGUAUCAUUAUUAGUCGAUGAUUCGCCAACGAUUUCAAACUAAGAGAUGUAAAAAUAGACAUUUAUUUACGCAAAAAAAGGUUGUAUCAAUUCCUGUUUAUUCUGGUAACGCCUACUUAGAGUUAAAAGGAAGUAAAACAUAACAAAUCGAUGAGAGAGGCGAGUCAGGAGGAGGGGCGCGGCCUGCCUUAAGAUUCCCUCGUUAACGUGCACUUGGGAGGACAGCCAGACCCCCUCUGUGCCCUGCCCGCCUCCCCCGACACCCGUCAGCUCCUCCAAGUGCCUGGGUGGCGGUGGUGGUGGUGGUGCAAGACAUUUGAUUCUGCUCCUAUCGAUUCAGGACCUGGCCCUCCCCCGCCCCCUGACCCCUCUCGCCUCGGCGCCGCCACUACAGCACGGCAAGGCGGAAGGCUGUGUAUUGUGCCAGUGAGGGAUGCUUGAUUCCCUCAGGCAAUGGAGAUAUUACUAAAAAAAAAAAAAUAGGAAAAAAAAUUUUACAUGUAAAUGCCAACUCCGAAAGCCUUGAGACCCUCCGCUGCCUCUUGUUGUGGCGAUCGGCCUUCUCGCACGAACCUGGUCUUAUUAUUAUUAUUAUUAUUAUUAUUAUUAUUAUUAUUAUUAUUAUUAUUACCAUAGGUCUUGUGUUUGUUAUUUUUUUCAUGUUUCUCACCAAGUGAAUGUUUGCGAAGUUUGUUCUUCUCCACUUGACUUUCACUGUUCUGUUGUCAAGACCUUGUAAAGGCUAAGGGUUAAGCACAAUGUAAAGGAGGUUUAGAAUACAACUGGCCUAAUGUACAAAACGAAGCACCUCGCCGCGCCCGGUGCUGCUGGACGCGGCGGCGGGUGCUGAGAGUCACACUGGCUUUCUUAUGACGUAGGUAGUAUAAAUCUGCUACGUAGUGUUGAUGCUGUAACCAACUGUGACUAGUAGUGGUGAGGUUGUAGAGAACGAGAGGAAGGGUUGUUCCUGCCAAAACACAUGAGAAAGGUGUAUUGACUUGUUACAUUGUAUUUUGUGAAUUUUCCAAAUAUAUUAUAUGAAAGAGUA